AUGCUCCUUGCCACGAGAAUAUCAACGCCUUCGCGGCUUUUAGGGCCCGGCCUUGUGUUCCGAGCAAUGAGCACGUUGCCUAACAAUUCGCACAUAAAAGUCUUUGCCGAUGCUUCAAGGCCAAGCACGCACAUCCUCACUUACCUCGAAACGAACCCUCCCAGUCCCAACCUAGCCAUCGGCACGACGACCGAGGUCCCUCCUACUCCGCGCUCCUUCUCGGAGAACCCGCGCUUCCUCUCCAUUCUCAACGAUGUCCUGAAGCAGCAUGCCCACCGCGACGAGGGUCUCCGGGCUCAAGCAAAAGCUUUUGCCUCGCCCGGCGGCGCGACCCUCGGCUCGGGCGGCGUCUUCUUCCCGCAGCAGCGACGAAAGAAUAGAGGCGACGGCGCGAGCGCGGCUGGGCUGGGUGGCGGCGGCGGCGCGGGGGGUUCGUCGGCGGGCGGCGCGAGCGCGCAGGGUGGUACUGGGGGCGGGGGCGUCGGUGGGUGGGUGCACUUGAGCGAUGUAGGUGCAGCUAGCCGUUUAUGCCAGGUGACGCCUGAGGACAUUCUCGGGAGCGUCGAGGUUGACGCCGAGGGCAACCCCAUGAACAACUUCCAACCAAGCGGAACGUACCGUAUAUUGACAAAUGAGGGAAUCCUGGGACUGAGCCCAUUCCUUCGCCAAAAGGUGAUUGAGAAGCUCAAAGAGGAAGAGCAGAAAGAACAAUUGGCUUAA